GCGUGGGAGGGUCCGCGGGGCGGGCCCGGGGAGGUCCCGGCGGAGGAUGGGGCAGUGAGCUGGUCCGCGCGGCUGCCGGCAGCGCCAUGGAGACGGUGCAGCUGAGGAACCCGCCGCGGCGGCAGCUGAAGAAGUUGGAUGAAGACAGUUUAACGAAGCAACCAGAAGAAGUGUUUGAUGUCUUGGAGAAACUUGGAGAAGGGUCCUACGGCAGCGUGUACAAAGCUAUUCACAAAGAGACGGGUCAGAUAGUCGCGAUUAAGCAAGUUCCCGUGGAAUCAGACCUACAGGAAAUAAUCAAAGAAAUCUCUAUAAUGCAACAAUGUGACAGCCCGCACGUCGUCAAGUAUUACGGCAGUUACUUUAAGAACACCGACCUGUGGAUUGUCAUGGAGUACUGCGGCGCCGGCUCUGUGUCCGAUAUCAUCCGGCUCCGGAACAAGACGUUAACAGAAGAUGAAAUAGCUACAAUAUUACAGUCAACGCUCAAAGGACUCGAAUACCUUCAUUUUAUGAGAAAAAUACACCGAGAUAUCAAAGCAGGAAAUAUUUUGCUAAAUACAGAAGGACAUGCGAAACUUGCAGAUUUUGGCGUGGCAGGUCAACUUACAGAUACCAUGGCCAAGAGGAAUACAGUGAUAGGAACACCGUUUUGGAUGGCUCCAGAAGUGAUUCAGGAAAUUGGGUACAACUGUGUGGCAGACAUCUGGUCCCUGGGAAUAACGGCUAUAGAAAUGGCCGAAGGGAAGCCCCCGUAUGCUGAUAUUCACCCGAUGAGGGCCAUUUUCAUGAUUCCCACGAACCCUCCUCCCACUUUCCGGAAGCCGGAGCUGUGGUCGGAUAGCUUCAUGGAUUUCGUGAAGCAGUGCCUGGUGAAGAGCCCCGAGCAGAGAGCCACGGCCACUCAGCUCCUGCAGCACCCUUUUGUGAAGAGUGCCAAGGGAGUGUCCAUCCUGAGGGACCUCAUCAACGAAGCCAUGGACGUGAAGCUCAAGCGCCAGGAGGCCCAGCAGCGAGAGGUGGACCAGGACGAUGAAGAAAACUCAGAUGAGGACGAAGUGGAUUCUGGCACGAUGGUUCGGGCGGCCGGCGAGGAGAUGGGCACUGUCCGAAUCGCCAGCACCCUGAGCGACGGAGCCAAUACCAUGAUCGAGCACGGGGACACGCUGCCCUCACAGCUGGGGACCAUGGUGAUCAACGCUGAGGACGAGGAGGAGGAGGGGACGAUGAAAAGAAGGGAUGAGACGAUGCAGCCUGCGAGACCGUCUUUCCUGGACUAUUUUGAGCAAAAAGAAAAGGAGAAUCAGGUCAACAGCUUCGGUCAGAGUGUGCCUGGCCCCCUGAAAAACUCUUCGGACUGGAAAGUGCCCCAGGACGGCGACUAUGAGUUUCUCAAGAGUUGGACCGUGGAGGACCUGCAGAAGCGGCUGCUGGCCCUGGACCCCAUGAUGGAGCAGGAGAUCGAAGAGAUCCGGCAGAAGUACCAGUCCAAGCGGCAGCCGAUCCUGGACGCCAUCGAGGCAAAGAAGCGGCGGCAGCAGAACUUCUGAGCAGUGCUGGCCCCGUGCAGGGGGGAGCUCGUGUCCACACUGACCUGGGGGGGGUGGGGGUCCAGGCCGGGCCGGCGUGUCUGUGCGUCUGUGGUCCCCAGGCCGCCUGUGUGUGUGUGUGUAUGUGUGAUGUGAGUGUGUGUGUGUGUGUGUGUGUGUGUGUGUGUGUGUGCGCGUGCGCAUGCGCCGUCAGGCUUACCACUCAAAGGGCUCCUCCCCGUGCUGUAAAGUCCGAGUCUGAGAGCCAGGCACGUCGAGUCCUCUGGCAGGAGAGCCGGGCGAGUCUUCCAUGGUCUUUGGUUUUCCUUCUCCCAGUAGCAGCUUUCAAUCGUUCUUUCGGGAAGACUUUGAGGAAACAUAUAAAUAUGCACAUAUAUACAUAUAUAUAUAUAAAUUAUGGCCAGAUGCCCCGGGGGGUGGCAUCUCUGUACAGGUACAGUCUUCGCUCUUCUCUCCUGGAAGAUGACGGUACUGUGGGGUUCGAGGGCAGAGGACGCCGCAGCCGGGUACCCCCCCCUCCUCGAGCCGGCCUCGCCCUUCCGUGGGGGUUGCAUUGACAGAUUCGGGUUCGGGCCGGUUCUUCUGCCUCGAGAGGGCCUUCCCCGGGCCCUGGAGCCAUAGGCGGGGUCCUGGGGCAAGCCCCAGAGUGCUUGUUUACUUUUUCUACCCAGGAUAAGCCUGGCACCCUCUUUGCGAUCUCAAUGCCUUUCAUCCAUCCCCCCUCUCCCCGCUGCCUCCGGGCCCAGCUCAGAUACUGCCCAGUGCCUUACGGAAGGAGCCGAGGACGGGGUCGGGCUGGCAGGAGCCCUCAGCACACGGGCCCCCGAAGCCCAGGGGCUUCUGCAGCCGUCACCGCUCGGGCAGCGGUCACCCCGUGGCAUUUUUGCUCCACACCCCGUGUAGACCGGGCUGUGGAGGGCAUGGCUUGCAAAGUCCACAUUCAGACAGGUGCCCUCUCUUUUUGUUUCUUUUCCUGCUCAGGGCUUGGGAAAGGAUAAACCAAUACCCGGCUAAGAUUCGUUCUCCAGGAGACUCGGCCCAGCCCUGGGCCCGCCAGAGCUGGAAGGGACCUCAGGCUUCCGGGGCAGAGGCCAGGGCCAGGAUGACCGAGCCAGGGGAGGGGGGAGCAGGAAGUAGACACGGGGCUCCUCGCUCCCGGUUCAUGGGACCAUGACCCCCUUCUCCGAGGGAAGAAAGGUUCCAGGAGGUGGAUACUCGCCAGGCGAGCGGCUAGGAAGGGAUUCCCACGCGGAACUGCAUAAGCCUUGAGACAAGGACCCAGUCGGCGGGUUCAAGGCGUCCUGCCGGCUUUGCAGGAGACAGUGCCGUCCGGUCCAUGGCCCUGGCUCGAGGCUGCGUGUCCCCUGCCAGUCCGCUGGGGGUUACCAGCUAUUCCACGAGCUCUCCCCUCGGAUGGGGCACCCGGGCCACGUCUCACCUUAGGGGACUGUGACUUGACUCCAUGAUUGCUCUCGUUCCCCCAACUUGGGGGUCCCUGGGAAGAAGGAGAGGAGGCCCCUGGUUUGCACCCAGGUGCUCUCCUCUGCUCCGGAAGUGAGUUUGAUGGAUUUAUACAGCACUUGCUGGUCUGCAGAGCUGGGCCCGCUCAACCGGAGGCUGGAGGACCGUUCAAAUUCCCCUCGAAUAAAGCCCGUGCAGCCGGCACCUCCCCGCCAGGCGCCGGGCUGGGUGGACUCUGCACGUCAGCUCCAGGCGUCACCCUAGCUCUGAGUGAGGGGAAGACGCAGGCGCCGAGAGGGCAAGGUUCCCUGUCUAGCCAGGACAGCCAGGAAGUGGUGGAGUGGGUCUCUCAGCACCCCCCGGGCGAGGGUAGGGGAGCCUAUAGGUGCAGGGAACAUCCAUGGUCUUUUUUCUUUCUUUUCUUAAAAUUUUCUUUGGUUUGGGGGCCACACCUGGCAAUGCUCGGGGCUCACCCCUGGCUCUGUACUCAGGUGUCACUCCUGGUGGUGCUCGGGGGACCGUGCAUACAGGAUGCCAGCCCGGGUCAGCCCUGUGCAAGGCACGCCACCACCCUCUCUUGCAGAGACUAAAUUAGCUGACCUUUCUAGUGGGAAAGUGGCAAGUGCGACAGCCAAGCGAGUCGGAAAGAUCAAGGCGAGAGCAUGCAUCACCCCCGCUCCCUGCCGUGCUGACGGGCUGGCCUGCUCAGUGGCUUUUUAAAGACUCUUUCAAAGACUCUGCCCUUGGCCGGACGAGACCGGGAAUGCCCGUCAUCUCAAGCGAGAUGCAAGUUACAGAAGGUCCCUGGGUCCCCUGUGAAGGUUUGCAGCUCUUGCCUUGAACUUGCUUUUGUUUCCAGACUGUACCCAUCCCCCACGCCGGUCCCUCCGAGAGCGUCGCUCUGGCUCUCCAUGGACACCAUUUCCGGCCAGAAGCCAGUUUCCUUUGGAACAGAUCAGUUUCCCGACCAGGUCCACUAGUCUGCCGGGGACAGCCGGAGGAACGCGUCCUCGCCGUGUCCUGGUCCUCUCGCCCCUUCACUCCUGAAUGCAGGGCGGGUCAGCGGAGCGUCGGUCCCUGCGUGCGCCUUUGUGACUGUCUCCUCAGGAACCCUUAGCCCCUGACCCAUUCUCUCCUUCUGAGAAGUGAGCCACGCUUGAUUUCUAUCUUUUUUGAAAAAAAAAAAAAUCUCAACUCCUCUAGGAAUGUCUAGAGCGAUUCCUCAUCCUAAGUAACUGUAAAGCAAAUGUCUAUUUUUCUCUUUGCCUCUGUUCUUUUUCCCAGCCACCGGUGAUGCGAGCAGACGAGUGUUUGGCUUGCUGGCCCCGUUCUUUAGCUUGUCAGAUAGAGACUCGGGCAGCCAGAAGGAACCAGUACUCCGAAGCAAAUUAAGAGCUAUAGGGUCGGGUCAGGGAGACAGCUCAGAGGGGGCUUCACAUGCCUUCCGUGUAGAGGCCUCGAGUCUGUCUCUGGAUGGCCACUGACCCUCUCCCCAUUUCACAGUGUGACACUGCUAGGAAGCCGCCCCCCCCACCCCAAACGACUAUGCCUCAGCUCCUUGCAACUAUGGAUUCUAGUCCGGGAAACACUUUUUUGGUACCUUCCAUAUGGAGGUAGGUACCAAAAAACUCUUAAAACCAAAUCACUUUCCCCAGUAUCAGAGAUGAGAAAGAUGACCUGGUUACAGACCUCCAGGUAACCAAAAGGCUCGCAGCAGUAUUCUGAACAACUUCCCGCUCUCAGCAACUAAGAUGGGCACAGUCCUUGCAAGAUACAAAGUAUCGAUCUCGCUGAGCAAAUGUAAUCGGUAUAGCCCGCGGCCUAUUUAAUGCUCAGUGACUCUGGGAGAUCAUUUUGCUGGUAAGAAACGUGAGGGUUAGAGCAGGUCUGUUGCUCCUGGUCGCGUCACCUCCCGCGUCUUCUGAUACAGUGUCCUUUCCACAGACAGAGUUGCCUCUGAUGACUACUUUUCUGUAAAACGGUUCCUGCCCAGUUCUCACCCCCUACUCCAUUCUCACACAGGCACUGCCUUUGCGUUCUCAUCAGGACUGUAUUCAUUGUCUUUGGAAUUUAUGUUCUUACUUGAGUUUGGGGGAGAAAAAAAAAAUCUCUUCCGUCAGCCUGCACUCAGACCAACUUGGGGGGGGAGAAAAAAACCCAACUUCAAUGCUGUUCCAGAUGUACAGCUUAAAAAUGUGAAGUUUGUAGCUUUAACUUUUUGUAACAAAAUGAUUAACACUGGCUGAAGAUGCUGACUAGAAAUGCUAUUUUAUAAGGUCUGGAUGUACAUAAUUAAUUGGAGUCAGCAGUUUGUGUAUGUGUUAGAAGUAGCUUCCUCCAUUGCCUUUUCCAUCCCCAUUUGAACACCUCUUGUGUGCUUUUAUGAAAUUUUUUCUUUUCCCUCCUUAGAUUUUGUCACCUUUGUCUUAAAUAAACUGUCCUUUGGACUAUGCCGUG